AUGGCCGAUGCGCCCAGUGGCUCCCCCAGUGGCUCCGGCGGAGUGACCGGCGGUAAGACCGCCCAAAGACCUACCGGGUCUACCUCAAAGCCACCGCGCUCCAACAGCCAGUGCGUGUUCUGCCGGAUCGUGGAGGAGGAGGACACCGAGUUCCUGUACUGUGAGGAUGAAAAUCUAGUUUGCUUUAAAGAUAUUAAACCAGCAGCAUCUCAUCAUUAUCUUGUGGCGCCAAAGCAGCAUAUUGGAAACUGCACAGAGCUAAAGAAAGAGCAAAUAGGAUUUGUUGAGAACAUGGUUACUAUUGGAAAAACCAUUCUUAAAAAGAAUAAUUUCACUGACUUCACAAAUGUGAGAAUGGGUUUUCUUAUGCCACCAUUCUGCUCCAUUUCCCACUUGCACCUUCAUGUCAUAGCACCAGUCACUGAGUUUGGCUUCAUAUCAAAAUUGAUUUAUAGACCGAAUUCCUAUUGGUUCAUCACAGCUGACUAUUUGCUUGAAAAACUAAGAACAUCAUAAUGACAGCAGUGGAAGAUUUUCGUAUUCUUGGCUCAACAGAAACUGAUAUUUUGGCCCCUUUUAAAUCAAAUUACAAUGGUAAGGUUUGUUGGGUUUUAUAAGAGGCUAUUACUGGGUAGCCUUAAGUCUUUUUUGAAUGUCUGUUUCCUGAGAUCUGUAAUAUAGUUAUAUGAAUACUCUGCAUUGACUUCUUUAAUGGUUAUUUGUCUAAGAUAUAAGAUAUUAUAGAUAAAAUUUCAUUAAAACAAAUUCUGUUAAUCAAGAAGAGCUCUGUAUUUUUUAAAAGUUCAAGUAUUUUCAUUUCUCAUUAUUGUCAUUUAUAAUAGUGAUUAUUAUGAAGAAUGAACGGGUAUAGAAAGUACUUUGUUAGAGUUUUAUUAUGAAAGAGAAAA